ACUGGCGGACUUUCAGAAAUAACUUGAACCGCCCUGAUGGAGGUUCUCUGCAAAAUAUUAGCAGUGUGCUCGCUGCUCGUCAGCGCUCAGGCGUUUGUGGCAGUGGAGCCAGCCAGCUCCAGUGAGCUGUCUUGGAAGUCCCUGUUCUUCGAUGCCCUCGUCGGCAACUCCAAUGAGUUGCAGGCUGCAGGAGCCCUGAGCAGCCUCGAGGAAUGCACGCCCAUCUACCCGGUGGAGAACAUCGAGAUCCUCCUAACUGCGAGCUACAAGAUCCGCCACUGCAUCAGAGUCGAUGAGAAGGACAUCCGUCGCUAUCUAAAGAAAGAAGAUGCCACCCAUACAAGGAAGUCAUUCGAGCGGGAGCUGCUCUCCUGCUCGCGGCGUGACUGCUAUGUGGACUCGAUCCUGAACCUGUUCAGCUCCGUCCGCCUCAGCCGCCACGACUACAGGCGCAGCCGGCACUGUAUCCUUAAGGAGGUAGAACAAGCUCUCAUCCAGCUGGACAGGGCGUCCAUCGUCCUGGCUAACUGCCUCGCAGAACAGCAGCCCUCUCAGAAUUCCACUCUGCACCCACCCAUCUGGAAUACAACUCGCACCACUCCAAACUGGAACUGGAACAAUACCACUUCCGGUCCAAGUGGGAAUACUACUCAAUGGCCCUGGUGGAGCAAUACUACCGCUGGAUCAAAUGUGAAUACAACCCAAGGUCCUUGGUGGGGUAAUACAACCGCUGGCGGACCAAACUGGAAUACAACGCAAUGGCCUAACACCAAUACCACCCCACACUGGACCCUAUCUACACCUCAACCCAACUUGAACACCACCCAAGGUCCCUGGGGCAAUAAUACGACUAUUGGACCAAACUUGAACACUACCAUCCUUGAGCUACAGUGGAACUCAACCGACAGACCGCAGUGGAACAGAACAACCACCGACAGACCGCAGUGGAACAGAACAACCACCGAUAGACCGCAAUCGAACCGAACAACCACCGAUAGACCGCAGUUGAAUGAAACCACAACCGAGGCGCCCGCCACCACAGAAGGAAACUGGUGGGAUCAACUCUUUCACAACAUUGGAUCCCUCUUCUAG